AUGCGUUCCUUCGCGGCGGCUCUCGCGACCGUCGCUCUGCUCUCCAGCCCUGGAGCUGGUCUGAGACUCAGAUCGGAUUUCACGAGAGAUCUUCAACUGUCCGCUGAGUUGGGCUUGGAUCCUGAUCUUCUACUCAAGAACCGCCAUGUUUUGCAUACCUUGCUUGAACAGCCGUCGACCAUUCCCGCGGAAUACGUGCCGAUCCCCAUUGAUCACGAGGAUCCACAUGUUGGUAAGUACCAGAAUCGAUUCUGGGUGAACGAUCAGUACUAUACUCCGGGCGCCCCCGUGUUCCUCUACGAUGCGGGAGAAUCAAGUGCAGAGCCUAGCCUCGUUCAUCUGACAUCGGAGACCUCCUUUUUCAACAGCAUGAUCCAGGAAUUCAAUGCCAUCGGAAUCCUGUGGGAGCAUCGUUAUUACGGACAAUCGCUACCAUACCCCGUUACCAACACGACACCCCCCGAGCAGAUGAAGUAUCUGACGACCAGACAAGCCCUGGCGGAUAUCCCCUAUUUCGCGCGGACCUUCACUCGUCCAGACUACCCCCGCACCGAUCUGACCCCGGCAUCCACGCCUUGGGUCAUGGUUGGGGGCUCAUAUCCCGGGAUCCGAGCCGCGCUUGCGCGAAAGGAAUACCCAGAGACGAUCUUUGCAGCCUUUGCUGCGUCCGCUCCGGUCCAGGCGCAAAUCAACAUGAGCAUCUACUUCGACCAGGUGUAUCGGGGCAUGGUCUCCGGGGGACUGGGAAACUGCGUCAAGGACUUGCAUGCGGCGCUGCAAUACAUCGAUGAUCAGCUCGCGCAUCCAGACACAGCCAAGACCAUGAAGCAGCUGUUUUUCGGCGUCGGUGCAGAGCAAAACUCGAACGAAGACUUUGGCGCAGCGCUGGCAGGUAUCUAUGGGUACUUUCAGUCCCAUGGCGUUGACGGCGGCGAGGGAGGAUUGUGCUCGCUCUGCGGCUAUCUGGAGGUCGAUCCCAGGACGAACGAGUCGGCCGGGGCGAACGGUCUUGCGCCAGCCUACGGUGCUCAGUACGUUGCCGAGCGUUGGGCCUCGUGGCCGACUUUCGUCGAGGUGGUCAACUCCAAUAUGGAAACGAACUGCAAGGGCCUGGACAGCACCACCGCGCGCUCGUGCGUGCUGAACAACCCCCCCACCGACGCAGACACGCUCAGCUGGACGUGGCAGUACUGCUCCGAGUGGGGGUUCUAUCAGAGCAACAACGUGGGCGCACACUCGCUCCUCUCCCGGUACCAGACCCUCGAGCUCAUGCAGCGCCAGUGCAACGAGAUCUUCCCCGAGGCUUCGAAGCAGGGCAUCCUGCCCCCGCAACCAAAGGCCGCCGCGCUGAACCAGGAAUUCGGCGGCUGGACCAUCCGACCCUCGAAUGUUUACUUCAGUGCCGGGGAGUUUGACCCAUGGCGCACACUAUCCCUGCUUUCCAACGAGGACUUUGCGCCACAGGGGGUCUCGUUGACGACCCAGAUCCCCCCCUGUGGAGUGCAACCUGGCGCAGACAAGGUCUUUGGGUUUGUGGGGGCAAAUUCAGUUCACUGCUUUGAUUUCCGCACCGACAGCGCAGUCGGAGAGGAGUCGCGCGGAUACUUCAUCCAGGCACUCAAGGAGUGGCUACCUUGCUUCGGAAAGUAGCGCGCUGUGCCAGAGGGUAACGCAAGGAUUCCAAAGAGUACCUCCUACUAUCCUGUAAUAUCAUUUCAUUGCCCCGGCCGAGCCCAGGCUAC